AUCUAUGUCAUAUACACAUUUUUCUUUUUAAUUCACUAAAGUUCAAUAUAUCAACAUGGGAAUAGAUUCACAGAAUAAAAAGCAUGAGUAUCCCAAUCACACGUCAACUAAAUCUUUAUUUUACUCCCUAUUACAAAAACCCCUCAAGAACAACCUCUUCCCCCAAUUCAUUGAGGAAAAGAAAUUCGAUGUCUGUGUCUGUAUCUUCUUCAACAUUGGAAUCUGGAUCAAGCCCCAGAAUUACAAAAUGGGUUUCAAAAGAUUUCACUAACUCCAUUCUUUCCGAGCUCAAAUUACAGAGAGGCAUCGCUCUUCCACUCAUCGCUAUGAACUUAACAUGGUUUGUAAAGAUAGCCAUAACCACCGCUUUCCUUGGCCGUCUCGGCGACCUUCCAUUAGCCGCUGGAACACUCGGUUUCACCUUCGCUAACGUCACUGGGUUCUCUGUUUUGAACGGUCUCUGUUGUGCCAUGGAACCCAUCUGCGGCCAAGCCUUCGGCGCUAAGAAUUUCAAACUCCUCCACAAAACUCUCCUCAUGUCUAUCUUCCUUUUACUCCUCGCUACACUCCCAAUUUCAUUCCUCUGGCUCAACGUCGACUCAAUUUUGAUCCAUUUCGGUCAACAAAAGGACAUUUCACUCGCUGCUAAAACCUAUCUCCUCUACCUCCUCCCUGAUUUGGUAAUCACUUCCUUCCUCUGCCCAUUGAAAUCCUAUCUCAGUUCACAAACCGAAACGCUUCCGAUCAUGUUAUCCUCUGCUCUAGCUCUGGCUCUUCAUGUACCCGUCAACAUUUUUCUCGCUAAAUCCAAAGGCUUAACUGGGGUUUCAAUGGCGAUUUGGUUAACUGAUUUUGUAGCAAUGAUUUCACUAGCGAUUUACGUUUGGUUGAAACAGAGUAGGAGUAAUGAUGAAGAAGAAGGUGGAUGGUUCGAUCAAACGGUUCAGGAUUGGGUUCGUUUAGUGAAGCUUUCAGGUCCGUGUUGCUUAACCACCUGCCUUGAAUGGUGGUGUUACGAGAUUCUGAUUCUUCUUACCGGUCGUCUUCCCAAUGCCAAACAAGCCGUUGGGACCAUAGCUAUAGUAUUAAACUUCGAUUAUUUGCUUUAUUCUGUUAUGUUAUCGUUAGCCACGUGUGCGUCGGCGCGUGUAUCGAACGAGCUAGGUGGGAACCGUGGGGCGGAGGCGAGGUGGUCGGCGGGGGUGUCGGUGGUGGGGAGCGUGGUGUUUGGGUUGAUGGGGGCAGCGGCGAUGGUGGCUGGGAGAGGGGAAUGGGGGAGGAUAUUUACUAGAGAUGAAGAGGUGGUGAGAAUGGUGAGGAAGAUGCUGGUUUUGAUGGCGGCGAUUGAGGUGGUAAAUUUUCCGGUGGCGGUUUGCGGCGGAGUAGUGAGAGGAGUGGGGAAGCCGUUGAUGGGGUUGGGUGCGAGUGUUGGUGGGUUUUAUGGAGUGGCUUUGCCUUUGGGGGUGGUGUUGGGGUUUAAAGUUGGGGUUGGGCUUAGUGGGUUGUUGAUUGGGUUUUUGGUUGGGAUGUUUGGGUGUUUGGUUUUGUUAAUGGUGUUUGUUGGGAGGAUUGAUUGGGGAAAGGAAGCUCAAAGGGCUCAACUUAUGGUUAAGGAUGGAGAGAUUGCUGUUGUCGAUGAUUUUAAAAUAUGAUGCCUUAAUCUUCAAAUAAGGACAGAAACUUCCUA